AUGACAUUUCUAUUCAUCAAAUGAAUACAUGGGAAUGACUGCAUUUUCUAAACUUGAUUUUACCCGUAGAUGUCUCUUUGCCGAAAUACUAAAAAUGCCGAAAACGGUGGUUUUGAUUCAAAAACGAACUUUUUUGAAAAAUAAUUCAAUAAAUCUGUGAACAGAUUCCGGAAAAACACAUGUCAAUUUGUCGCUUCCGAUGCUGGAAUUAGUGAUCGUUAUUUUGUAUCCGUUGCUUUUUGAAGUGAAAAAGUGGACUUUUUGUGAUUUUCAAAGAUUCUUGAAAUGCUUAUAAUGGAUUAAAUGGGGCUCUUCGAUUCAAAACUUUAACUAUAAAUGGAACUCCGAAUGUUGUAUCAGUUACAUUGAAAGUUGUUUCAUUGAAAAGAUACGAACAUGAAGAAUGGGGUAUAAUGCUGGAACCGUGUGUUUAUGCAGAGUUUAGAAUAUGCACUGGAAUGAAAAGGUGAACAUCUCCCAAAAAUGACCAGAGUGACACAGUGUCUUAGUCACACGACGUCUAUUUCUAGCGAAGAACAGCGCGCCAUUAUUACGAAGGACGACUCAUGUAGCAGCACUCAACCAGAUGACUCAUGUAGCAGCAUCCAACCAGAUGACUCCAUUGAGUUUCUUUCUUCUCAGGUCAUACUCGUCAAAGAACUGCCAAAGAGACUUCCUAAAGGUAGUUUACAGCGAAGGAAAUACGUGAGACCAAAUCCGGAUGUAGAAAGGAAAAAAAUAUCCCGCUGUGUGGCGCUUAUAGCUUUCUUGUUGCUGGGUGUAUGUUUUGCGCUCAUGGGGGUUUCAUUUUCCCUCACCUCUAAAAUAGACGAAAUGGUUCGGAAUUCAAAUACCGUCUUAAGGAAGCACACACUGGCUGCCAACUCGCAGGAACAUGUGACAAAUGAAUCGUACUUUCACUAAAGAUAUGCCAAAAAAUGUUCACGCUUUAAAAACUUUUGACAAAUAUGCAACGAAUUGAAACGAAUUGCUUCCGAACGUGAUCUGUGAGUGACAGCUGAAGUGCGGUGAUUAGAAUCAGAAUGUGCUGGCUAGCGUUGUGAAACUGAUUCGAUAGUGUGUUCGAUUGGAAUACAGAGAAAAUCUGCAGAGGUUAGCAUAUUUGGAAUUUAGCGUCGGGGAGACUGGCGGGAUUAUGCGGGACUGAAGUUGUACAACGAUUUGUUAUGAUCUCAUCUUUUUUUCCAGAGUUGACAUGCUGGAUACAUACCUGUUGUAUAUAGUUUCAAAAUGGAAACUUGUAUUUUUUGCACAUAAUCCGGAAGUGAUUAACGCUGAUGUACGUGUUUGCGAUGUUACGAUUUGUAAGCCACUGAUUUCGUCCAUGUGUAUAUACAUGUAUAGCAAUACCACUUUAGCAUUUGAAGCAACUUUGCAUAUGAAAAUGUAUUUAUAUGAACAACACGACAAAGGUUACGUUGAUGAAAUAAAUCGGUAAGGGUGGACCACACAAAAGUGAGGAAAGAUGUUGAUAUAUUGAAGUGAAAAACUUCAUAAUAUUUUUAAAGAACAUUGUAAACUUGAAAACAAGGAAAAGUGUUCCACACUUUUUUAUAAAAUCAGAUACGAAAAUACCUUGCACUAUAUAGUAUGACAUUUAUAAAUUAUGGGAAGUUCUUUCAAAGUAACAUUUGAUCAUGGAUUUAUUGAAAAGAAGACUAUAAUGUGCAUGUAAAUAUAAAUCUGUCUUAAAUAGUUUUCGGGGAUUAUUUUCUGGAGUUGAUUAUCACAAUAAAACCUAUUAUGAAUGAUA